AUGUUUUCGUUUCUGCUGCUUGUUUGUCAUUACAAAACUAUCCAUAAUCUAAUAGAAAAUAGCAUGUGGAAAAUUGAUGAAUCAGGUAAUCGAUGUUAUGAUUCAUCUACAGGACGUCCAAUUCUUCAGUUUGUUUCUAUUCGUCGAAAAGAUUCUGGUGAAUGGGCCAUUCCUGGAGGUAUGGUAGACGCUGGUGAACAGUACACUUCUACAUUGAAGAGAGAAUUUUCUGAGGAAGCUUUAAAUUCUACAACAGCUUCUGCAGAACAACUAAAAGAAAUUGUAAAACGCGUUGACGAUGCAUUUCAUCAUGGAGUUGAGAUAUAUAAAGGCUAUGUAGAUGAUCCACGGAAUACUGAUAAUGCGUGGAUGGAGACUGUAGCAGUGAAUUUUCAUGAUGAUCAAGGUGACUCUUUAGCAUUGUUUCCCUUAACUGCGGGCGAUGACGCGGAGGCUGUGUCGUGGACAGAUAUUAGCUCUGAACUACACCUUUAUGCAAGUCAUCGUGAUUUCAUUGAACUAGUCGCCAGUUUACAAAAAGCAAGAUGGUAGAUUUUUGGAUAUGGACUGAAUAUCAUCACCGAGAAACAAAAAAAAAUUGAUUUGUUCCCUGAGACAUGAUUUUAUUCACUCUUUUUCUUUAAAAAUUAUUUUGUAUACUUAGAAUAAUUUACAUUUAGCUGAAGGAUAAUGUACAAUCUUUCAACAUAUUUUUAAGCUCUUUUAAUAGAUAAAUGUAAAAACACACUGGUUUAUAACUGGUCAAUGUCUUGUUUUGUAGAGACAGAUAGACAAACAACCAUUAGAUCUUUACAAAUUUGAAAACCAUUAUAAAAUAUGAAAAAAAGUGAAAGUUAUUUUCAAAGGUAAAACAGGGACUGUGAAGGGACAUAUAAACAGGGGAACAGUAGUUACUGUAUGUGAGAUACAAAAAACACUGUAAUGUAACGUUCUUUAUCUGCCAUCAAAGGAAGUAGUCUGGAAUUGGUCGACGGGCUGGUAUACUACGGACGUCCUAAAAAUAUCGAAUAAAUUUGAUAAGAAAGGGGUGGGGUUAGACUUUAGUAAGACUCUCCUGCAGAAUAAACUGAUAAUGACCCAAACUUGAAUGAUGAAAGGAACCAAUGUUAGUGACAUCUACUAAUAGCGUCACGAAGCGAGAGUCAAAUUAGUGUUGUCGAACCUAAACGCUUUGAGUCUAAUCCCAACAUUGCAUGAGAUUGAGGAGUCCCAAGACGAAGCUUUUUCAACAGGGUCUUAUUUAUUAGUUAGGUGGCCAUGUCAAACAGCAUCUAUUGUCAUGUCAUCAUAUACCAAACAUCUAUAAUAACUGUAAAGAACUCUACACUACACGACGAAGAGAGGAUGUACGUGCGCGUUGGUGCUAGCGACAGAGCGUUAAUUUGAUAACGUAAAAGGAAGAUCGUACUUUACGACCUACUAGUCUUUGAAAUUCAAUGACAAACGAAAAGAGGUAAGUGCAACUCAUUAGCCACAUGCAAGAGGCGAUCUGUCAAGAUUUUGUGUGCUGGAGUAUGAU